UAGAGCUGAGAUCCUGUUCUUGAUUGUAUUUGAGAUUUUCUUAGUGAGCAGACUUAUCACCACUUCGUGUAUCGUUUAUUGAAUAUCUCUAAACCCGCUAACCAUACUUCCGCGUCGUAACCAAUGUGGAAGCUGAAGAUCGGCGAGGGAGACAGUCCAUGGCUGAGGACGACGAAUCAUCACGUCGGAAGACAGAUUUGGGAGUUCGAUCCGCAGAUCGGGACCCCUGAGGAGCUCGCCGCCGUGGAGGAAGCCAGAAAAUCGUUUACAGCAAAUCGAUUUUCCAAGAAACAUAGCUCUGAUCUCCUGAUGCGCCUUCAGUUUUCAGGAGAAAACAAGUUGAUUAGCUCAGUUUUACCACAAGUCAAACUCGAAGAUAGUGAUGAUGUUACAGACGAGACUGUGAAAGACACGUUAAAGAGGGGUCUUGAUUUCUUUUCCACCUUUCAGGCCCACGAUGGCCACUGGCCUGGAGAUUACGCUGGCCCUAUGUUCCUCCUCCCUGGACUCAUUAUUACGCUCUCUAUAACUGGAGCACUGAAUACAGUUUUGUCAGAACAACACAAACAUGAAAUGUGCCGUUAUCUCUAUAAUCACCAGAAUGAAGACGGAGGUUGGGGUCUACAUAUUGAGGGCCACAGCACCAUGUUUAUGUCUGUCUUGAACUAUGUUACUUUGAGGUUGCUUGGACAAGGACCUGACGCUGGGGAUGGAGCUAUCGAGAAAGGCCGAGACUGGAUACUCAACCAUGGUGGUGCUACCAAUAUCACUUCCUGGGGAAAAAUGUGGCUUUCAGUAGGAGAAAUCUUGACCUCGUUAAGUUAUCCUGUGCUUGGAGCUUUUGAAUGGUCUGGAAAUAACCCACUACCACCUGAGAUAUGGCUUCUUCCCUAUUUCCUCCCAAUCCAUCCAGGAAGGAUGUGGUGUCACUGUCGGAUGGUCUAUCUGCCAAUGUCAUACUUGUAUGGCAAAAGGUUUGUUGGUCCCAUUACGUCCACUGUGUUGGCACUGAGAAAGGAGAUUUUCACUGUGCCGUAUCAUGGCAUUGACUGGAAUCAAGCACGCACCCUUUGUGCAAAGGAGGAUUUAUACUACCCACACCCACUCGUGCAAGAUAUUCUAUGGGCAUCACUUCACAAAAUUGUGGAGCCUAUUCUGACCCGAUGGCCUGGUUCAAUUUUGAGAGAAAAGGCUUUAAGAACCACACUAGAACAUAUUCAUUACGAAGAUGAGAAUACAAGGUACCUCUGCAUAGGACCCGUGAAUAAGGUACUAAAUAUGCUUUGUUGCUGGGUAGAAGACCCAAACUCAGAGGCUUUCAAGUUGCACCUACCAAGAAUCCAUGACUAUCUCUGGGUAGCUGAAGAUGGAAUGAAGAUGCAGGGUUAUAAUGGAAGCCAGCUAUGGGAUACGGGUUUUGCUGUUCAAGCUAUUCUGGCAACCAACUUUGUCGAAGAAUAUGGGUCCGUUUUGAAGAAAACACAUUCUUUUAUCAAGGAUUCCCAGGUGUUAGAGGAUUGCCCUGGAGAUCUGAGUUACUGGUAUCGCCACAUUUCUAAAGGGGCUUGGCCUUUCUCAACUGCAGAUCACGGCUGGCCUAUCUCUGACUGCACCGCAGAGGGACUUAAAGCUGUUCUUUUGCUAUCCAAAGUUCCCAAGGACAUUGUUGGCGAACCACUAGACACGAACCUGUUAUAUGAUGCUGUUAACGUUAUCAUUUCCUUACAGAAUGCAGAUGGAGGCGUCGCAACAUAUGAGCUCACAAGGUCAUACCCUUGGUUGGAGCUAAUCAACCCUUCAGAAACCUUUGGCGAUAUCGUUAUAGACUAUCCUUACGUGGAGUGUACGUCAGCUGCUAUCCAAGCUUUGGUAGCAUUCCGAAAGCUUUAUCCCGGUCAUCGGAAGAAGGAUGUAGAUGAAUGCAUUGAGAAAGCGGUUAAGUUCAUCGAAUCUAUUCAAGCAACAGAUGGCUCAUGGUAUGGAUCAUGGGCUGUUUGCUUCACGUAUGGUACAUGGUUUGGAGUGAAAGGGCUUGAAGCUGUUGGGAAAACAUUGAAAAACUCUCAAGCUGUGGCCAAAGCUUGUGAAUUUCUGUUGUCUAAACAACUUCCUUCAGGGGGAUGGGGAGAAAGCUAUCUUUCAUGUCAAGACAAGGUGUAUACAAGCAUUAAAGGCAACAAGUCUCAUGUUGUGAAUACAUCAUGGGCUUUGCUCGCACUCAUUGGUGCUGGCCAGGCCGACGUAGAUAAAGAACCACUACACAUGGCAGCAAGAUAUUUGAUUAAUACUCAAAUGGAGGAUGGGGAUUUCCCCCAACAGGAAAUAAUGGGAGUAUUCAACAGGAAUUGCAUGAUAACAUACGCCGCAUAUCGAAGCAUCUUUCCGAUAUGGGCGUUGGGGGAGUACCGUAGUAAGGUGUUACUACUACAACAAGGAGAAUGAGAGUAGUUGAUAUUUUCUCUAGGGUUUGGAAUGAACCCAGUUAUUAAAUGUGUAAUUUGACUCUAAAGCUUGGUUGGGAUAUCUGAAAUUCUAGAUUUUAGGAAAUAUCUAUUGGUAAAAAUAAUAUGCAGCUGUGAUUUGACUAGAGUUCAAUGUUCUAUUUUGUCAAUUCUCAUAAUAAAAUGCG